AUGGCUGUCAGAGAUGGCAUCCUUUUCGCAUUUCUCCUGGUGCGGGCAUGGAGCGAGACGUUCUCUGUCGCUCCAGUGAGGACGUCGGAGUGGUGCAUGCGAGGCUAUGCCAUAUGCACGUACACACUCUCCUGCCCAGCUGAUUACGAACUCGAGUGCCAGAGUCUCGGAUGCGAGGCAAGCGAGAAGGUCUGCACGGACAUAGGUGCCCACUUCAGGCCUGCAGAGUGGAACGGUCACUGUGAGGAUUGGCCUGGAGAUGUUGACACGAGAUACGAAUGCUGUGAGUGCGUGGGUUCAGAGCCGGUGCCAGAAAUCACUGCGCCGACGACAUCUGGCAGCGUUUGCCAAGAAAGUGACGCAGACUGCCCAUCCUCUCUCAACUCCAAUUGUUGCAAGGACGAGCUGAGCUGUCCGGAGGGCUAUGAGCUCUCCAGUGCCGUGCCGCUGUGUGGAGUAACCCACUGCGACCAACUGGGCCCGGCGUAUGCUGCAAGUGAAAUCAUCUACAGGUCGGACCUUUGCCGGCGACAGUAUCUAGAUGUCUAUCCGGAAGAUCGGACGCUCUGCAAAACCUGUGAAAAGAUGGCUCCUGGAGGUGCAUCGACCCAGGAGCCCUCCAGCACAUCCACACCUGCGCCGACUGCUGCUGUCUGGGAGCAUGUCGGUGAUCCUGGGAAGUCCGCCUGUCGUGGUAUGAACAGCAACGACAACAAUGACACUUACUACGAAGUGCAUGAUGGCGUCACAGAGUUGGAGGCAUGCCAGUCGAAGUGUGUGGAACAGCUCCCGAGUUUCAAAGGCAUCGAGUUCAGCUAUGGGCGCUGCGAGAUCUGGACACGGCCCCACGGGAUUUUUGCUUGGGCCGAGUUGAACAUUAGCGAGUUUACCUGCAUGCGCUUCGGCUGGCCGACGCAACGCUUGCUACCAGUGGAUGGUGGAUUUGGGCGAGCCUGUCGAGGAGAUUUUCCGACCGAGAACAGCCAGAGCUUUUACGACGUGGUCGUGGCUGAGACCUUAGAGGAAUGCAAGGCCGCUUGUUCUGCAGCGCUGGUCUGCUACGGGAUCGAAUUCAGUUUGGGCCGAUGCGAGAUCUGGAAACGUCAUGUCGGUGCGAGUAUUGCGCUGGCGAACUUCACCUGUCUGGCGUAUCAGGAGCAUGGCCACGGCUCGAUGGAGGCCGUCGACCAGCCCAGCAUUGUUCUUCCUUGA